GGCUUUUGUUACUGAGAGGGAACGGUGAGUGGGAGAGUGAUAACGGUACCCUAAGGAGAUAAAGAGUGAACUUGAUAACCCAAGUAUUUUCCAGUUCUUCGUUGAAGAGAUGAACAGAGCUUACUGUUGAGCCUUACGAUGUCGCGACAAUUGCUCAGUACAGUUCACAGAUUCUCCAGGAACAUGGAGAGGAAUUUAGUCACGGACUCGAGGUAUGGAUUCCUGAGGCAGUUGGGGCUGACACAGGAGAAUUCUGGAUUAUUUGAUGGCAGAUGGGGUGGUUCGGGUCAGUUGAUCGACUCGAUAUGCCCCUCGUCUGGAAGGACAAUCGCCAAAAUCCGUGAGUCCACUCCCCAGGAGGCCAGCAAUGCGGUGACAGAGGCCAGGAAGGCCUGGCCCCAGUGGGCAUCCCUACCACCCCCAGCACGAGGUGAAAUUGUCCGUCAGAUUGGAGACGAACUUCGGAAAAAUCUUCGACCACUGGGGCAAUUGGUCUCCCUCGAAAUGGGAAAGAUCCUCGCUGAGGGCAUUGGUGAGGUCCAGGAGUACAUCGACAUCUGUGAUUAUGCUGUCGGCCUCUCCAGAAUGCUCCCAGGGAGCAUAUUUCCUUCUGAGAGGAAGGAUCACGCUCUUCUCGAGAAGUGGAAUCCUCUUGGGGUCAUUGGAGUCAUAUCAGCAUUUAAUUUCCCCAUUGCUGUUUAUGGGUGGAACAGUGCCAUUGCUAUGGUUUGUGGUGAUGCUGUUGUGUGGAAAGGCUCUCCAACGACUCCACUAGUCUCUAUAGCAACAACAAAAAUUAUCGCCAGUGUUCUUGAACGAAAUGGUGUACCAGGGUCUGUUGCUGCACUGGUGACUGGUGGAGCUGAUGUUGGAGAAGUUCUGGUGAAUGAUAAACGUCUACCUUUGGUCAGCUUCACCGGAAGCACUAAAGUGGGACGAGAGGUCGCCCUCAAGGUCCAAGAACGCUUUGGAAAGGCUCUUCUUGAACUCGGAGGCAACAAUGCACUUAUUGUUUCUCAUGACGCCGACCUGGAAAUGGCUGUACGUGCAGCUGUCUUCUCCUGCGUUGGAACAGCUGGACAACGCUGUACCACCACCAGGAGACUGAUACUGCACUCAAAUAUCAAAGAUGAUUUCGUUGGGAGAUUGAAAAUAGCCUUCAAAAGUAUUUUGGCCAGAGUUGGGGAUCCACUGGAGGACAGUACGUUGUACGGACCCCUCCACAGUCAGCAUGCCGUCGACAACUAUAAAGCAACAGUAGCUGAAGCUGUGGCUGCUGGUGGUACAAUUGAGUUUGGUGGCAAGCAGAUGGAUCGUCCAGGCUUCUACGUGGAGCCAACGAUAAUAUCCGGCCUUCCAAACGACGCCGAGGUCGUUCAAUCUGAGACAUUUGCUCCUAUUGUCUACAUUCUUGAGGCCAAUUCCAUCGAGGACGCCAUUGCUCAGAAUAAUAACGCUGAACAGGGACUCAGUAGCUCACUCUUCACCAAGAACCUCUCCAACGUCUUCCAGUGGAUUGGUCCACACGGUUCAGACUGUGGAAUAGUUAAUGUGAACAUAGGAACGAGUGGAGCUGAAAUUGGAGGAGCGUUUGGAGGUGAGAAGGCAACUGGUGGCGGUCGAGAGAGUGGAAGUGAUGCUUGGAAGCAGUACAUGAGACGAUCAACAGUCACUAUCAAUUAUGGGAGUGAAUUGCCACUGUCACAGGGCAUUAAAUUCGAGUGAUAAUUCAUUAACUGAUCAUUUCCAUCAUCAUCAUCGUCACAUCCUGCCCCUUGUGAUGCCUCGUAUUAUAAAAAUAAUGAUAAUAAAAGAAACGAAGAGUC